AUGGGAAGUGGCACCUCAACCCAACAUCAUUUUGCUUUCCAAAAUGCAGAGAAAGCCUUCAAGGCAGCGGCCCUGAUCCAGAGAUGGUACCGGCGCUACAUGGCACGCCUGGAGAUGAGGCGGCGGUGCACCUGGAGCAUCUUCCAGUCCAUAGAGUAUGCUGGGCAGCAAGACCAGGUCAAGCUCCACGAUUUCUUCAGCUACCUUAUGGAUCACUUCACCCCCAGCAGUCACAAUGAGAGGGACUUCCUGAGCCGCAUGUUCACUGAGGAGAGACUCCCCCAGGACUCCGAGAUGGAGGGGUUCAGGGACUAUGACUGCAUAGAGGUGCCGGACAGUUACACGGGGCCACGCCUCUCAUUCCCGCUGCUUCCUGACCAUGCAACUGCCCUGCUGGAAGCCUUCAGACUGAAACAGCAGCUCCACGCUCGCUAUGUCUUGAAUCUUUUGCAUGAAACCAGGAAAUAUCUGGUGCAACUGCCAAACAUCAACCGGGUCUCCACCUGUUACAGCGAGGAGAUCACCGUGUGUGGAGAUUUACAUGGCCAGUUGGAUGACUUAAUAUUUAUAUUUUAUAAGAAUGGCCUCCCGUCACCAGAGCGGGCCUACGUGUUCAAUGGUGACUUUGUGGAUCGAGGCAAGGAUUCAUUAGAGAUCCUGAUGGUUCUUUUUGCCUUCAUGUUGGUUUACCCAAAAGAGUUCCAUCUUAACCGAGGCAACCAUGAGGACCAUAUGGUGAACUUACGUUAUGGCUUCACCAAGGAAGUGAUGCAUAAAUAUAAGACACAUGGCAAGAAAAUACUAAAAGUACUGCAAGAUGUUUUCUGUUGGCUUCCGCUGGCCACUCUGGUUGAUGAGAAAGUCCUGAUUCUUCACGGUGGAGUGUCAGACAAGACUGACCUGGAGCUUUUGUCUAAACUAGACAGGCACAAGAUUGUUUCCGCCAUGAGGUGCAAAACGAGAAAGGAGAAUGAGAAGCAGGCAGAGAAGGGAAAAGCCAACCAGACUGGCUCUGCAGGGAGACCCUCCCCGUGGUUUCUCCCCCAAAGCCACUCUCUCCCGUCUUCGCCCCUUCGCCUUGGCUCCCACAAGGCCCACAAAGACAGCCGCUCCUCCAGUGUCCCCUGCAGCAUCCCCCCGAACCCCCAGGAGCUCUCCCGGCAGGUGCGGCGCUCUGUGGACCUGGAGCUGGAGCGGUGCCGGCAGCAAGCAGGCUUCCCAGUGAUCAAGGAGAAAAAGGAGGAACCCCUGCUCUUCUCAUCAGAAGCAGACUCAGAAGCUGGGGAGCUGCUGCAGCCCACUCAGGAGGAGUGGCGGCAGGUUGUAGAUAUAUUGUGGAGUGAUCCCAUGGCCCAGGAGGGCUGCAAGGCCAACACUGUUCGAGGAGGAGGCUGUUAUUUUGGGCCUAAUGUGACAGAACAGUUGCUACAGAAAUACAACCUGCAGUUCCUGAUCCGCUCACACGAGUGCAAACCCGAGGGCUAUGAAUUCUGCCACAGCCGCAAGGUGUUAACCAUCUUCUCUGCCUCCAACUAUUAUGAAGUUGGCAGUAACCGAGGGGCCUAUGUCAAACUGGGGCCGGCCCUGACCCCACACAUUGUGCAGUAUCAAGCUAACAAGGCAACCCACAUGCUAACCAUGAGACAAAGGAUUAGCAGAGUCGAGGAGUCAGCCCUGAGAGCUCUGCGGGGAAAGUUAUUUGCUCAUUCCUCAGAUCUUCUCGGUGAAUUUAAGAAGCAUGAUAAAGAUAAAACUGGUUUGAUCGCCCUGAGUGACUGGGCAGCCGCCGUGGAGUCCGUGUUGCAUCUGGGACUACCAUGGCGGAUGCUAAGGCCACAGCUGGUGAACAGCUCAACAGAUAACAUGCUGGAGUACAAGUCCUGGCUGGAGGACUUAGCCAAAGAACAACUGAGCCACGAGAACAUACAGUCAAGUUUGCUGGAAACACUGUAUCGAAACCGAUCCAACCUGGAGACCAUUUUUAGGAUCAUAGACAGCGAUCAUUCAGGGUUCAUUUCACUGGACGAGUUCAGACAGACUUGGAAACUGUUCAGCUCUCAUAUGAAGAUUGACAUCACGGAUGACUGUAUCUGUGACCUUGCUCGGAGCAUUGACUUCAACAAGGAUGGCCACAUUGACAUCAAUGAGUUCCUGGAGGCCUUCCGCCUUGUGGAGCAAUCCUGCUCAGAGGGCAAUGCCUCAGAGUGCCCACAAGCCACAAAUGCUAACAGUGGCUACAGCAGGCCAGAUGCACACUAA